AAAUAAAAUUUCAUUUUUCUUUUCUUUUCUGUGGUUCCGGUCACCGCAGCUCUGUCAUCAUCUUCUUCUUCUUCCUCAUCAUCUAACCAAUCUGAAAACCUGCUCUGCUAAUCUCUCUCCCCGCAAAAUCUCGAUCCGUUAGACAGUGUUACCAAAAGGGUGGUUCUUGAAUCGUUUUCGUUUGUGUUUGUAAAUUGCAAAAGAUUCGAUCUUUAUUUUGUUUCUGAGUUUUUGUGUAGAAUAAUUCAGUUUUGUCUGAUCUGUACGGGUUGUAUAAUCUGUUCUGUGAUCUAUUUUGGGAGGAGGAGGAGGAGGGUUUUGGUUCCCUUUUGUCUUGUUUUAAUUACAAUCGAAAGGACCCGACUUUAUCGAGACCUCUCGUGUCAGCUCCAAAAUGGCUGCGCCAGAGAGAUCGAUAGACCAACAACAACAACAACAAGUCGAUGUUUCUUCUUCUUCUUCCUUCCUCCAAAAGUUCAGGCUCUACGAGACCCGCUCGAACUUCUAUAUGAUUGGGAGAGAUAAAAACCGAACCUGUUGGAGGGUUCUCAAGUUAGACAGGACAGAUCCAGCAGAGAUCAACUUCUACCAAGACUCAACGCCUUACACAGAAGCCGAAUGCUUCGAGACUCUCAGAAGGAUACACGAAGGAAACAGAUCUUCCGGUGGUUUGAAAUUCGUCACCACUUGCUACGGCAUCAUCGGAUUCGUAAGGUUCUUGGGACCUUAUUACAUGCUGAUAAUCACCAAGAGAAGGAAGCUCGGUGAGAUCUGCGGGCACACGGUUUACGGUGUGGCGAAGAGCAAGAUUAUUACGAUCCCACAUGCUUCUGUGCUCUCCAAUGUGGCUUAUUCUAAGGACGAGAAAAGGUACAAGAGGCUUCUCUGCACUGUGGAUCUCUCAAAGGACUUCUUCUUCAGCUAUUCAUAUCACAUCAUGCAUUCACUUCAGAGCAAUCUUUCAAACAGUGUUGUGGAAGGACAUACUUACUAUGAAUCGAUGUUUGUCUGGAAUGACUACUUAACUCGACGGAUCCGAAACAACGCUAAGGACUGUAUGUGGACAGUUGCCCUUGUUUAUGGUUUCUUCAAACAGGAUAAACUAUCAGUUUCUGAGAAGAACUUUAGGCUGACUCUAAUUGCACGCCGGUCUAGGCAUUAUGCUGGCACAAGAUAUCUGAAACGUGGUUUGAACGAGAAAGGCAGGGUAGCUAAUGAUGUGGAGACAGAGCAGAUUGUUUUCGAGGAAGCUCAAGAUGGCAAUCCUGGCCGAAUAAGCUCUGUAGUUCAGAACCGGGGUUCGAUUCCUUUGUUCUGGUCUCAGGAGACCUCACGCUUGAAUAUCAGACCUGAUAUUAUAUUGUCAGCGAAAGACCCUAGCUACGAGGCAACGAGACUGCAUUUUGAAAAUCUUGCAAGGAGAUAUGGGAACCCAAUCAUUAUAUUGAACUUGAUAAAGACGCGUGAAAAGAGGCCUCGUGAGAGUAUUCUGCGUGUAGAGUUUGCAAAUGCUAUUAAAGUUAUAAAUAAAGGGCUAAGCAAGGAGGAUCGUCUAAGGCCUCUUCACUGGGAUCUGCAUAAACACUCCAGAAAAAAGGGCACAAACGUGUUGGCAAUUCUCGAUAGAUUGGCUACUUAUGCACUGAACUUGACUGGCAUCUUCUACUGUCAGCUAUCUUCAGAUGGGUUUCAGAACCAGAAUCCAUCCACCUUGGAGAGCACCAUUGGUAAAUGUUCUACUCAUGAUCUUCCCAGCAAAGAUGAGACUGCAUCAGAUUCAGCGUUGGAGAACAGUAAUGACAAUAAAGAUGCAAAGGAGGAUCACCUCAAGGACGCAACCACCUUGCUUCAGAAAGGAAUCCUGAGGACCAACUGCAUAGACUGUUUAGAUCGAACCAACGUUGCUCAGUAUGCAUAUGGUUUGGUAGCAUUUGGGCGUCAACUCCACGCUUUGGGGUUGAGAGAGUCCACUACCAUUGAUCUAGAUAAUCCUCUAGCCGAAGAUUUGAUGGGAAUUUAUGAGACAAUGGGAGAUACACUUGCGCUUCAGUAUGGAGGAUCUGCAGCACACAACAAGAUAUUUUGUGAAAGGCGUGGUCAGUGGAAAGCAGCCACUCAGUCACAAGAGCUAUUCAGAACUCUGCAACGUUACUACAGUAACGCCUACAUGGAUGCUGAAAAGCAAGAUGCAAUUAACUUGUUCUUGGGAUACUUUCAGCCACAGCAAGAUAAGCCAGCGCUGUGGGAACUGGGUUCUGAUCAGCAUUACAAUGCAGCAAGGUUUCUUGCCAGUUCUGUACCGGAGAAUUCAAGGUCUACGAUGAAACGAUCUCUGUCAGAAAGUAGCAUCCUUAGCGAGGGGAGUACAGCUGGUAGACAUGGUUUAACUGAAAAUGAUGAAGAAGGUAAAGGUCUUUCAGAUUCAGCACCUGAGAUCUCAACGUCUGAAACUGCCAUGAUUGCUGCUAGUUUGAGUGCUCCACCAGCGACAUUGGAGGAAAUAGGAUUAGAUGAGAUAACUGAAAACGAUUGCUUGUGCAGUGAUGAGCAUGGUGACCAAUGUACAUGUGCAGCUUUUGAUAUGGAUUGGGUUUCUUCUUCAGCAAACUCUUGUGAAGAUGAGAGUUACGGAAGAUCCACAGUGGUUAGAUCGUUCGAAACCAUCCCUGAAAGUACAAAGAUAGAGUCAGAAAUACGUGUCAUUGAAUCUUGUUCCGGCAACACAAAGAGAGAUGAGGUAACCGUGGAGGAGAAGGAAGCAGCCAUUGCUGGGAUUCCUGAAGGCUAUGUGAGGUGGGUAAUGGAUGAAGAGGGACAUUUCUGGUGAGACAAGAUUUUCUACAAGAAGAAAAAGAAACAUACACAGCUUUGAGUGCUGAUGAAGAAAGAAGCGUAUCAGCGAAGAAAAAAUAACUGAAAAUGAAAAACUAACCGUCGCUAAUUUAAUUAAUCGGAUCAAAAUGAAAAAGGUGAAAAGGUAAACAAGAAAAAAAGAAAAAGAAAGAGAAGAGAGGGUAAAACAAACUUGUAUAUAAAUUUACUUGAAGACAUGAUCCAGGAUGAUCAUAACUCAGGAUCUUAUUGUUGGUUUUAACUUUUUUUUGACAUUUUUAUUUAUAUUGGGGGAGAGAUUUCGAAUGCAAUAAAAACAGAGAGGAUGCUCGUUAGUACU